ACUAUUUUUCUUACUUCUUUUAAAAGUCUAAAAAGCUACUUUCCACUUAUAUAAAGGGUACACAAACCGCUGCACAUCUUGGCUUGAAUCUGAGAUCUCAAGUUUCAGGUGAGUUCAUCUCAUGGAGAGGACGCCACAACGAAUUCUAUGGUUCGUCUUGAUUCAACUUUUCCUCAAGUUUGGCAACCCUGCAGUUUUUGCAGAAACAGAUCAUUUCAUAAGCAUUGACUGUGGAGCCAGCAAUGCAUACACUGACCCACAAACUAAAAUCUCGUAUCAGACAGACACAGGCUUUGUAGAAACAGGAACAAAUGCUAUGGUAGCACCUGAUAAAAGAUAUAAUGUAGAUGACCUUUACUUUGGGAGGCAAUUCCAAACGCUGAGAAGUUUCCCAGAAGGAAAAAGGAACUGCUACAUCUUGAAACCAAAACAGGGCAAAAACAACAAUUACCUUAUAAGAGCUUCCUUCGCAUAUGGGAAUUAUGAUGGCAAGAAUCAGACUCCAUCUUUUGACUUGUACCUCGGCGUCAAUCACUGGAAAGAUAUUUAUCCGAACAAACGUUAUCGAUUUGCGGAGAUUAUCCAUACUCCCACAACUGACACCAUACAUGUUUGCCUUGUCAAGUCUGGCAAAGGAAAACCUUUCAUUUCUACAUUAGAACUACGACCUCUCAGUAAUUCUAUAUAUCGGAUCCCUUUCCCUUAUCAAACACUGUUAAUUCUUGAGGCAAGAAUCGAUGUGGGCUACAUUAAUUCCACGACUUCAGAUAACUUCAGCAGGUACAUGGAUGACAUCUAUGAUCGUGUGUGGCGCUAUGACGAUGUUUUUAAAGGGCAAAAUUGGCACCCAUUCAAUAGAUCCGUAUCUAUUGAUCGUGCAAGCACAAAUGAUUCUUAUAAAUUACCAGCACAAGUGUUGAUAUCUGCGUCCCAAUCAUUGAAUCGCUCAGUUGCUUUAAAUUUUGAUACUGUUUCUGCCCUGGGUGGUACAUUUGAAAAGUCAUUCACCUUUUAUGUCUACUUCCACUUUACUGAAAUUGAGCAGCUUCGCCCUGGCCAAAAAAGAGUAAUCGAUAUUACUGUUAAUGAUGAAACCAUCCUCAAGGAGCCUUUAGCUCUUGAAUACUUGAAACCACAGACAGUUUUUGCUGUUACAAAUCGAAGCGGUAUUCCUUUCAGCAUAAGUGCAACAUCAGAAUCCGAUGCUCCUCCAAUCCUCAAUGCCUUCGAGAUUUAUAGAUUCGUAUCACCACUAACUUCACCAACAGACCAAAUCGAUGUGGAUGCCAUUCUGGACAUAAAAAAAACAUACAAAAUCUCCAAAGUAGAUUGGCAAGGUGACCCAUGUGUUCCCGAGGAAUAUGCAUGGAAGGGACUUAGCUGCAGAUAUGACAUCAACGAUUCCAACGCAAGGAUCACCUCAUUAAACUUGAGCAUGAGCAAGUUAAGAGGACACAUAUCUGCUUCAUUUUCACAACUUAGCGAGUUAGAGUCACUGGAUUUGUCAGGUAACGAUUUAUCAGGAUCAAUACCAGAAUUUCUAGCUAAAUUGACAAAGUUGAGAGCCCUUAAUUUAAGUGGCAACAAGCUUAGCGGCUCAAUUCCCAAAGCUCUUGAGGACAAUCCAGAUUUGGUAAUGAGUUUAGAUGGUAACCCCGGCCUCUGUUCGAGGGAUUCAUGCAAAAAGCAUAAGUUCGUUAUUCCACUUAUUGUAGCUGUUUUAGGUUUGACUGUCAUUAUCUUGGUUGUUUCCCUAGGAAUAUGGAUCGUCAAAUUGAAAAAAAAGAAAGUGGAUUCUACUGUUUCAACGAAGCAAGCAGCAUCAGAAUAUUCAAAAAAUCGUGCCUUUUCUUACUCCGAAAUUCAUGAGAUCACUGAUAACUUUCAAAACUUGAUUGGACAAGGAGGAUUUGGAAAAGUUUAUUUUGGAACUCUGAAGAAUAAUACUCAAGUUGCAGUCAAGUUACUUUCUCAAUCAUCAAUGCAAGGUCAGAGAGAAUUUCGAUCGGAGGUAGAACUUUUGAUGGUUGUUCAUCAUAGACACUUGGUUUCUCUGAUAGGGUACUGUGAAGGAAGUGGUGUUAGGGCAUUAAUUUAUGAGUAUAUGGCUAAUGGUGACCUCCACCAACACUUGUCAGGUAAGAACGCGGGUGCUUUGAAAUGGAAAGACAGGCUUCAAAUUGCAUUGGACUCAGCACAUGGACUAGAUUAUUUACAUAAUGGUUGUAAGCCAGCGAUAGUGCAUAGAGACCUGAAGGCUUCCAACAUUUUGCUGGAUAAAAAUAUGGAAGCUAAGAUUGCUGACUUUGGAUUAUCUAGAGCUUUUGCAAAUGAUAUUGAUAGUCAUGUCUCAACUUGUCCUGCUGGAACAUUUGGAUACCUUGAUCCUGAAUUUCAAAAUACUGGAAACCUUACAAAAGGAAGUGAUAUUUAUAGUUUUGGAAUUAUUUUGUUAGAGCUAAUAACUGGAAAACCAGCAGCAAAAAGACAACCAGACCAUACCUUUAGUCUCCUUCUUCAAUGGGUCACUAUUAGACUUGGAAGCAAGGAUAUUCAGUCCAUCAUUGAUCCAGAGUUACAAGGACAAUAUAGUUCCGAUUCUGCUCGGAAAUUUCUAGAGAUAGCCAUAUCAUGCACUGCACCAUCUGCAAUUCAAAGGCCUGAUAUAAGUCAAGUGGUGGUUGAACUAAGGGAAUGCCUGGCAAUGGAAAUAAGCUUGGAAAAGAUCACUAGCCACAACACCAAUGAUUCAAGCAGUUCCAUGGAUAUGAGCACCUCGAAAUUUGAUUCGGGCUUUAGUACUUUGUCUGGUAGAUAGAUAAUUUGCUUAUAAUUUGAAUCCAAUCUCUCUAAAGUGAUAGAUCUGUCUAGUUCUACUAUUUCAAAUUAGUUUGAAUAAGCUUCUUUCUGUUGAAUACAAGGCGUGUUGUAUGCUGAACAAUAUAUAGGUGGUACUUUCAUGUGUAUGGAGAUGGAAAACAUAAGACACAGUUGGUUCCAAGAAUCUUAUGGUGCACUUGAAUUAA